AGCGGCGGCGGCUGCAGGCUGCGGAGAGCGGGCUGUGCGCACUAGCGGCCAGUGCUCGCCACCCCGGGUGACCGGGUCCCGCCUGCUCGGCCAGACCGGGGUCCCUGUCCGCAGCGCCCGCGCGAGCCCCCGGCCCGGGUUCCGGCGCCCACCGGCUCUCGCCGCCUCUCCGUGCCCUCAGUUCGCAGGAAGGGAGGUCGCGGCAGCGACCCGGCGGCAGCGGUGACCCUGGCGACCGCGGCAGCAGUGGCGGCGGAGGUCGCCGCAGCGGCGGCUGCGGCGGCUGCGGCGGCCGAGGCUGCGGCGGCGACCGUGGCGGAGGCGGUGGCGGAGGCCUCCGUGGCGGAGGUGGAAGCAGAGAUGGAGGCCGAGUUCGAGGCCGAGGCCGAGGCCAGCCUGGUGGAGGCGGCGGCCCUGGCCGGGGAGAAGGCGGGGGCGGCCGGCGCGGCCGCGGCGGUGGCAGCCACGGAGGCCAGCCUGGAGGAGGCCAGCCUGGCGGAGGCCACGGGGGCCGCUGCGUCGCCUUCCUACGGGAGGGUGGACAUGGAUGAAGAGCUGGCGGCGGCCUUGGCUGCAGAAGAGGAAGAGGCGGCGGCCGGGGGCUCCUCCGAUGGGAACCCAGACUAUCCCAAUGCCUCGCUCUACGUGGGCGACCUGCAUCCCGAGGUGACCGAGUCGAUGCUGUAUGAGAAGUUCAGCCCAGCCGGGCCCAUCCUGUCCAUCCGCCUUUGCAGGGACAAGGUCACCCGACGCUCUCUGGGCUACGCAUAUGUCAACUACCAGCAACCGCUGGAUGCCAAGCGGGCCCUGGAGACCAUGAACUUUGACGUUAUCAAUGGCAGGCCGGUGCGCAUCAUGUGGUCCCAGAGGGACCCAUCGCUCCUCAAGAGCGGAGUGGGCAACGUCUUCAUCAAGAACCUGGGCAAGACCAUCGACAACAAGGCGCUGUACAACAUCUUCUCGGCCUUUGGCAACAUCCUGUCCUGCAAGGUGGCCUGUGACGAAAAGGGGCCCAAGGCCUACGGGUUCGUGCACUUCCAGAAGGAGGAGUCGGCCGAGCGCGCCAUAGAUGCGCUGAAUGGCAUGUUCCUCAACUACCGCAAGAUUUUCGUGGGGAGAUUCAAGUCCCACAAGGAGAGAGAGGCCGAGAGGGGAGCCUGGGCCCGCCAGUCCACCAGCGCCGACUUCAAGGAUUUCGAUGACUCCGAUGAAGAGGCCACCUUUCGAUGAAGACAUCCCAGGACCCAGCCAGUAGAGCCAAAGCUUGGCUCCCACCCCGUUUACAGCCCCCACCCCCCAAUCCCC